AUGUUCAGGUCCAGUGUCCUCCGAUCCUUGCGCAACGUCGCUCCCUCAACCAGGGCCUUCUCCACCUCCGCCGUCGCCGAGGCCGAGAAGAAGAUCGCCUUGAUCGGUGCCCGCGGUUACACCGGCCAAGCCCUCAUCUCCCUCGUCAAUGCCCACCCCUCUCUCGUCAUCUCCCACGUCUCCUCCCGUGAACUCGCCGGAAAGCCUUUGGAUGGCUACUCCAAAGCCCAGAUCACCUACUCCAACCUCUCCCCCGAGGACAUCAAGAACAUGGAAGCGGAGGGUGAGGUCGAUGCGUGGGUUAUGGCACUUCCUAACGGUGUCUGCAAGCCUAUGGUUGAGUCUGUUUUGGCGGGUGCCAAGAAGGCCGGAAAGAAGAACUCUGUUGUGGUUGAUUUGAGUGCCGAUUACCGAUUCGACGAACCCCGUGACACCAACUGGAUCUACGGUCUCCCCGAACUCAACGACCGCUCAAAGAUCUCACAAGCGACCCUCAUCUCCAACCCAGGAUGUUACGCAACAGGCGCCCAGCUCGCAUUGGCACCACUAAUCCCUCACCUCUCCUCCCCACCCACGGUCUUCGGUGUCUCCGGAUACUCUGGAGCAGGAACUAAACCAUCCCCGAAAAACGACACCACCAACCUUCAGGACAAUUUAAUCCCAUACUCCCUCACCGACCACAUCCACGAACGCGAAAUCUCCCACCGUCUAGGCUCGAAAGUCGCGUUCAUCCCUCACGUCGGACAAUGGUUCCAGGGUAUCUCGCUCACGGUCUCGAUCCCCCUCGCUAAGACCAUGACCUCCCGCGAGAUCAGGAACCUCUACACCGAAUUCUACGCCUCCGAGAAACUCGUCGAAAUCAUCGGCGAGGAACCUUCGGUCAAGGACAUCGCCGGUCAACACGGUGUCAGGAUUGGUGGAUUCGGCGUUAACCAGGCUGGGGACCGCGUUGUUGUUGUUGCGACGAUUGAUAACUUGUUGAAGGGUGCUGCUACGCAGUGUUUGCAGAACUUGAAUUUGGCGUUGGGUGUGGGAGAGUUUGAUGGUAUUCCGUUGAUGGGGAGUGGGGAGAGGUUGAUCGUUCCUGCUGUCAAUGUUCAUCAGAAGUAG